GCUCUUCGUGAACUAGACAAGAUCUUUCACGCCCUCGUCGUCCUCACAGUCCCUUUGUGCACCAUCGACGCGUCGUGCACGACUUUACAGCCUUUAACUCAGUUGAUCGCCCUUGUUCGCGAUGAUGCUCAGCUCUGCGUUGUUGGUGGCGUUGAUCUUUUUGAUAUCGCCGCGCCUUGGUAGCUUUGCAGGACGUUGCGGACGACGUGUUCUUUCUUUUCGCUGAUGGUGCCUUCGAAACUUGAGACUUGACUCAGUUGCUUGACUGUUGUACGCGCACAGCCUGCAGUACUAUAAAGAGCUGCUCAUGCGUACUGUCCAACUCAAAGCAACUCCCCUCGAACUGUUCUUGGAUAUCUUCUAUAACUUGAAAUUCCUCUCGCAUUCACCGUUACCACCUCAAUUUCGCUACACAUGCCUAGUAAAUCAAUCGUGAUCAUAGGUGGCGGCGGCGCAGGUGCCCAAGUCGGUCUCCUCCUCUCCCGCUCCCCAGCCCUUGCUUCUUCCUCUAGUCUUAGCACCGGAAACACACUCACACUCAUCACCGCCCGUCCUUUCUUCAUCCAUCUCCCUGCUUCUGCUCGUUUCACGACCUCUGCAGAGGGCAAUUUCGAAGAGAAAUGCUUCGUGCCUUACGAUCGGCUCUUCGCUGGAGGGAAUGGAUCAUCCAGCGUGAAGAUUGGAAGGGUCGUUGGUGUUGAGCCUCUCGUGGGCGAUAAUGGAGUAGGGGAGGUAGUGCUGGAAGGAGGGGAGAGGGUGAAGUAUGAUGUUUUGGUUCUUGCGCCGGGGAGUACGUGGGCUGGCCCACUUGAUUUCCCGGAUGGGAGGGAAGAGGUUAUGGGGCAUUUGGAUGUAUGGCGGAAGAAGUUCGGUGCUGCGAAGGCUGUGGUCCUGGUUGGUGGGGGCUCAGUCUCUCUCGAAUAUGCGGGCGAACUGAGAGACUUCUAUCCCUCGACUAAAGUCACGAUCGUACACAAUGGCUCUAUGCUUCUCAAUGAUGCAUACCCCGAGAAGUAUCGUCGAAGGGUCGAACGGGAUGCACGUGCAAGAGGGGUUGAUAUCGUAUUAGAGGAUCGCCUGGACGAUAUGACGCCGUCGAGUGAGGGUACGGUGACGACACGGAACGGGAAGGUUCUUCCGGGUGACUUGAUUGUGCCAACGUUUGGCUGUCGACCAGCCACAUCUUUCCUCACCUCCCUCGAACCUAGCAUCCUCAACUCUCACGGUCAGAUAAAAGUGAACGCUCGCUUACAACUGGUCGACCCAGCGUUCUCGAACAUCUUCGCUUGUGGAGAUGCUAUUGAUUGGGCCGAGCAGAAACAAGUGCGCAAGUACGAUGCUCAUGCUGCAGUCGUUGGUGCAAAUGUCCUCAGUCAUCUCGAAGGGAAGAAGCCUGCCAAAGUGUAUAAGGGGGUUUCUGAGGAUAUUCUUAUUACGAACGGCAAGAACCGAGGCGCCGGUUAUGUGACCCUAUUGUCCGGCCGAGGUGUUGUCCUAGGUGAUUGGUUCGCAAGGCUCAUCAAUGGCGAGACGUUGAGGGUGGAGAAGGUCAGGGAGUUCCUUGGGUACUCGCCGUGAAGCUUUGGCAUGGUCAUGGGAGAGAGCGUCCUGGGUCCACGGUUUUCUUCUCAAUUUCUUUGGGCUAUUGACGGACAAUCGAGCUGGACUUUCCAGUAUAUAUUACUUUGAAAGCGACGUGAUACAAACC